CGGCUGGGCGGCGACAUGGACCCGCUGCCCCCCCGCGCUGCUUGCCAGCCCGAGCGGGCCCCCGGCGAGCCCCCGGCCUGCCCCGAGGAGGGGCCUCGCCUGCGAGCCGUCUUCGAUGCCCUGGACCGCGAUGGGGACGGCUUUGUCCGGAUAGAGGAGUUCGUUCAGUUUGCCACGGUCUAUGGAGCAGAGCAGGUGAAGGACUUAACGAAGUAUCUUGACCCCAGUGGACUUGGAGUAAUCAGCUUUGAAGACUUCUAUAGAGGGAUUACAGCUAUUAGAAAUGGAGAUCCUGACAAUCAGUUGUAUGAUAUGGGAUACACUCAGGAAGAGGAUCCCCCAACCUGUCCUGAUGAGUUUGAUGACUUUGUCACAUUUGAGGUUUUGUUGCAGCUCUGUAACAGUUCAGUUUAUUACUGGGCAGACACAGACAUGGGUGAUGAACCAGGUGGCCGCCUGGGGCCCGGACACAAAGAGGAUCUGAAAAUGGCAAAUGAGGUGACUGACAGUGCCUACAUGGGGUCAGAGAGCACUUACAGCGAGUGUGAAACCUUCACGGACGAGGACACCAGCACACUAGUACAUCACGAGAUGCAUGAUGAAGUUGAAACAGACAGUGCUAUUGAUUCCACGGUGCACUCAGAGUUCACAGAUGCUAUAGAGGAACCAGAGAACGGAUCCCACCCACAUGACCUACCCUUGAGCUCAGACCUCAAUCACUCCAUCGUUACAGUAAUUAGUGGGGAGGAGCACUUCGAGGAUUACGGAGAAAGGAAUGAAGCAGAUUUGUUCUCAGACAGCCUGUGUAACGGGGACAGCAGCUUUAGCGGCUCCUCUUUCCUUUCUCCCAGCGCCAAUCCACUUGCUGCGAAACUGCACAGCAUUAUCACAGAUGAGGCAUUUGAGUUUUAUUGUAGCCAGUGCCACAAACAAAUCAACCGCCUUGAGGAUCUUUCUGCUCGCCUGAAUGAUCUUGAAAUGAAUAGGGAUCCUGAUGUACAAAUGGAGGAAUUGCUUACAGAUCAAUGAAUACUUGCUAGCUAAUUGGGGAAAAAAGUAGGGAAGAUGACACCAAUGAAAUACUUAAUUUCAAAACAUGCUGAAUGCCCGUGACAAUCCAGAAGCUACAGUACCUGCAAUAGUUUGGCUAGUAAUUGCUUUUGAACCCCAUGUUGGGCUGUAAUGAGUGUUAUUUCCAUCAUGCACAAGCUUCCAUCAGUUUAGCCUUGCCUACACUUCUGUUUUAUACCAAUUUAACUAUAGCUGGCUUAGCUACAGUGGUUUUAAGAUGCAGUGAUGCAUCCCGUGCAGAUGCUUUUAUAAGAGCAUGCAAAACUGAAAUGUGUACCUGUAAACCAACUAAAGCGUGCCUAUACAAGGUGUUACAUUUGUUUCCGUUCAUUGUUUUUUUUUAAUGGCUAUAAAUGAAACUGGUGCAGCUUUCUCAUCUAGACAAGCCUUUUUGACCAGAGGUGAUCUGUUUGGUAAAACAAAUUUUGCAGGGCCUCACAUAAGAGAUGACCCCUGAGGAAUUACAGAUCCUGUUUUGGAGGCAAGAAUGUGUGGGUGAUACCUUUUUGGACGAGCUGUGUAGUUGGGAGGGCUAUAAACAAGCUUUUUGGGUACCACUGUACUCUUCCUCACGUGUCUGGGGGAAAAAACAAAGUAGUGAGGAAGAAAUACAGUGAGUUUAACUAAGGUCUUCCAUGCUGGGAGAUCUGAAUAUUACUUAUAAAGAUAAAAGCUAUGUAAAAUAGCAUGCAAGAAGAGCAGAGCUCUGCAAAUAAACAUUACUGUGAGCAAGGGUGGAGCUUUAAGUGGAAGAGUCCCAGUAAACCAAGUAAAAGGCAGUAAAAUUGUGAUUUGCUGAAGUAGUUUUUGAGAGGCUGAGAGAGAGAAAAGGGGCUGCAACAGCCAAGUCUGCAAAGUGCAGGGUUCAGUCCUUGGACCUGUACUCUUAGCAGCACAGAAGCAGAAAGGGAUUUCGGAGUCAUAGUAGACUCCAGGAUG